CCCCUUUGCUGGAGGUGUAGUUAGCCCCUCCCCCUUAGGCUAAUUAUCCUGUACUGAGUGCUUCUGGUACUAAGAUAAAGGUGGUAGAAGCGAUGGAGGAGAUGGAAGCAUCAGAUGAGGUCCCUGCAGAGUUAGUCAUAUUGCACGCCACAGAUAUCCAUGUGUCCUUUGACAACAUACACAGGCUCAAGGACCACCUAGUGUCCACCAACCAGAGGGUGGAUGUGGUGCUAUUAUCAGGUGACCUGGCCAACGUCCCUAUGGAGAACAUGACCUCACUCACUACGCUAGAGCUAGAGGAGCAACAUGCUCUAGUCCACAAGGUGGUCUCUGAAUUCCUUCCCAUCUCUAAACACAUCUACUUCAUUCCAGGAAAUCAUGAUGUGAUCACUACAUACAGUGUCAGUGCCUCCAUGGAGUCUCCUGUCAAUGUCCACUUGAGGUGUGUGGAGAUAGCCCCUGCCUUACAUCUGGUGGGGGCAGGGGGGAGUGUACCUGGGUAUAGGAAUGGGGCUCAGUGCUGGGACUCAUUCCCAUAUCCAAGCGACGAGGCUUUUGCUGCUGAUUUGACCAAGAUCCUGGAUCCAGUGUUUAUGGAGGAGGGGGCUCUGAGCCACACUGAUGCUGUCAUCCUGAUGACCCACAAUGGCCCUGACCAGUCAAGUACUACUGUAGCCAGAGCAGACCCAGCCAACCCGGUCCUCUCUGGCAGUACUGCGCUCUACAAGGCACUAUGUAGGCAGCAGUUGCAACAACAUGUUGUGUUGAAUAUCCACGGGCACACUCAUGAUGCGCCAGGCAGCACUCGACUGGGCAAGACAGCCAUUGUGAACCCAGGGGCUCUGGUAGAGGAGCGAUAUGGACUGUACACACUGAGCCGCCAAGGCAGCAGAGUUGCUCCAGCAUGGAAGCUGUCCUCCAUAACAUUACUGAACUUGCCAUAAUGACAUUGUUGAUGUUAUGUCAUCUUGUGUGUGGGUGUCUCUGAGCAUGCGUGAAUUGUUGAUGACGUCAUUAUACAGCGAGUAUAAAAGGUUCAA